ACGGUGCGUAUAGGGUUUGCCUCCCACAUUCUAAAACCCUAGACUAUACCCCAAAAUUCACUUGUCUUUUUUCUUACACUCAAGAACAAAAUCGCAGGAGUGAAGAGUUAAUUUUACAGGUUGGUUUUGAGGUAGAGAUAGAAAAAAAGGAUGCUUGUUUUGUUCGAGACACCGGCGGGGUUUGCCCUGUUUAAAGUAUUGGAUGAAGGGAAACUAUCUAAAGUUGAGGACUUGUCGAAAGAGUUUGCCACAGCGGAUUCUGCGAGAAAGGUUGUCAAGUUGAAAGCUUUUUCGAAGUUUGAGAAUACGUCGGAGGCUUUGGAAGCAGCGACAAAGAUUAUUGAAGGAACAGCUAGCAAAGGUCUGCGGAAGUUCUUGCGUGGACAUUGUGAUGGUGAAAUCUUAGCUGUGGCCGAUUCAAAGCUUGGAAAUGCAAUCAAGGAAAAAUUGAAAAUAGACUGUGUUCAUAGCAAUGCUGUCAUGGAAUUGAUGAGGGGUGUUAGGAGUCAGUUGACUGAACUUAUAUCUGGUCUGGGUGCUCAAGAUUUGGCUCCAAUGAGCUUGGGUUUAUCUCAUAGUCUGUCUAGGUACAAACUGAAGUUCAGCCCUGACAAGGUAUUAUCAUUAAACCACUGCUUUGUGAUUGCCAUGGUUAAAUAUCAUAAUUUUUUUCCUGUUGUGAUCUCAUCCUUGUGCUGGCAACAAUGUGUAAACUGUAAACUACAAGUAUUACACAGCUUACAAAAAUUUAUCACUGAAUCAUGCGAAGCUAACUUGUUGGAUAUAUCUCUGAUAGUAGUUACACUGUAUAUAAUCUGUAUAUUUCUGACCUGCUACCACUGUAAACUACAAGUAUUUACCUGUAUAUGAUUCAUUUUAUGAGAUAAGGUUAUAUACGUUCUGUUGCUGAA